UCCUACCUUGGUAUAAAAGCCUCUCUGUACAUGUCUCUCGCUCAGAUUGUAUAGUAGAACUGUUGAGUGCUCUGUUCUUUCACUUCUCUCUUCUGUGUCGUUCUGCUGAAGAAACCAAAUUUCUCAAAAUUGGUCUUUUUUUUUUGGGUAAUGAAUUGAUGACAAUACGUCACUCUGAAAGCGCAAUAUACUGAGGAGAUUACACCAGUAUUAAAAGGCAGUGUUGCAUUCUGAGGUCCAGUAAUUUAUUGGAGUGUGCCACUCAGAUGGAUAUGGAGUGAAAAAUAUAUCUAAAAAGCAUUUCACUAGUGGGAAAUCUUGUGCAAGAUCUGAAUUCUGCCACCUGAUUCUCAUCUAUUGUAUAUUUUAAUCCAUCAUUAGCUCCAAUGGGACGGAAGUCGGGCAACUUAUCAGACGAAAUCUCUCAGGAAAAGGCAGCUUGUCCAGGUUUUUCUAAAGAUGAUGUUUCACCAUCUCCUUUGGAGAUCAGGGCAUGCAGUGAUAGACGUCAUACAAGUAGUGAAACCAGUAAUCCCCUCAGUGUUAGUUCAAGUCAUGAUUCAUCGAUUGAAAAUGAAGAAAGUAAAGCUAUUCCGAGGGUUUCUGAUGCUUCUGAAGGCAUAUCAAUGCUUCUAAAGGCAGCUGUUAGUCACGCUGCUGCAGAAGAUGAGGGCUUUCUUGAACCAAAAUUUUUUUGUGGUAAUAAAACCAUCUCAAAUCAGCUUGAGAUGAAGAAGGUUUCAGAAUGCAAUGGUGAUGACACCUCAUGCAUCAGUGGACCUGAAAGCCCAAACAUGAGUGGUGAUCAUAGGUGUGACAUAGACAGAAAGAAUGUAUCAUGUAGCUCAGCUUCAGUAAGUAGUUUUCUUCCUCGAGGACUUGAGAAGGCAGUUGAUGUUCAAAUAGCUUCUUCUGUCCAAGACAGUAGCAAUUAUGAAGUGAAAGAGGGACACAAUUGCUCUUGUAGGCCAACCAAGUUUGCUAGGGAACAGGGGACUGCACCUUUUUCUGGAAAAUCAGAAAAAGGUGAAGUUUCUUCCUUAAGAGAUGUUCAUAAUACCGGUGCUAAGUCACUAAAGGGAGAUCUUUCUGAGUGCUCCAAGGAACAAGAAAAAUCAUCCUUUGUGAGAGUGGCAACUGUUAGUCUGGAUGGUCACAAACAUGAUGCACUUGAUAUUGUUGAAUCUGUUAAACCCAAAACUGAAGUGAACGAGGAGGGGGAUCCAUCAACUGUGGCGAAAAAGCAUUUGGACCAGAAUGAAGAUUUGGUGUUGCCUGAGGUACCUGAUGUACAAGGACCUCCAGAGCAAUCUCAGACUGUCAUGGGUAGUGGAGAAUCGGAUCUUCUGAUAGAUGUAAAAGUUUGUGAUAUCUGUGGUGAUGCUGGUCGGGAGGAUUUUCUUGCUACUUGUAGCAAGUGCAGUGAUGGGGCAGAGCACACUUACUGCAUGCGUGUUAGGCUGGAAAAAGUUCCUGAAGGCAAUUGGAUGUGUGAAGAUUGCUUGCUUCAGGAAGAAAUUGAGAAGCAGAAGCAAAAUAAAUUGGAAAAAGUAGGUAGGACUCCGCAAGGUCCAUCCUCAAAUAAAAACCUCCAAAAUGCUGGAAAUCUAAAUACCAAUAUUAGAACUUGUGUGGAAUUGGACACUAAAGGCUCAGAUGUUGAGAAAAGUAGACGAGACAAAGUUGGUUCAAUUUCACGCAUCUGUGCAAAGAGACCUGCGGGCAAUUUAGAAUUUGACUCUAUUACAAAAAGAAGGGCUCUUGAAACGAGUGUUGGAUCUCCAAGGAUGUCCAACCCUUGCAAAAAAAGUCCACUUUCUCAGGGUUCUCUGCAUAAGAAUGUGGAUAAUGUGAAGGUAAAACCGACGUGUCACGUACCUACUUUCAGUGAGCGCUCACCCUCAUCCAUGAUUUCUUUUUCUAAUUCACCCAAGUCUCGAACGAAUCGUCAGAUUUCACGAGGUUUACUCACCAAGUCAAAUUCAUUCAAUAUCCCAGACUUGAAACUGAAGGUCCAAGCACCAGGGGAAGAUAUUCUUGGAAAGCAGAAAUUUUCCUUGGAAACUGCUGCCAGUGACAAUAGAAAGCCUGACAUUGUCAGAAGGAUGAGUAAAUCACUGUCAUUUAACAAUGUAAGCUCAAGCCAUUCAAAGGUUGCUGACUCAAAAACUAAAAUGUUCUCUUCAAAUAAUAAUCUUGGCAAGGAUUUGAAGAGAUUUGCAAAUGGUAAAGAGCAUGACUUAAGUCCAAAGAAGUACAAAGCCAGAUUAGAUAACCCUCCAGUUAGUUCACAAAUGGCUGGUUCUUGUAUUUCUGCAUCAAGAAAUGACAAAGCAAUUGCAUCUCAUUCUGAAACUAUGUCACCACGCUCUGGAACCAAAUGUUAUCCGAAGCCUGUUCAGAGUCAUGGGAAUUCAAAUAUUCCAUUGAAGCGUAAGUUCCAUCUAGCUCAUGAAGGCUCCAAUUAUCAAAAUAAUGGCCAAGAUGGGUCUGUUGUGGCAAAGAAACUGCAAUCGUGUGUAUCCAAAGUGGUUGGAGUUCCAUCUUCUUUUGCAAAGUCCAACUCUUCUCGUGAAUUGAAGCCAAAUGUAGUUACUGGUAAAGAUGGAUUCAAGAGGAGUGCUUCACUGGCUGCUGGUAGACAUUGCAAUAGUUCUGAUUUAACUGGGCCAAAAAGCCCAAAAGUUGAAAAGACAUCUUAUUUCAGUUCUGCUAGGGAGCACAUUUUGGCAGGCAACAAAAGUGCACACUCACGUAAAUGUGAAAAUAUUGAUGAAGCUAUAGAGUCUUGCCCAGUUACAAGUCCUCAGGCUUCUGUUCCUGAAACGAAGAAUUCAAAGGAAGCAAACCGAAGUAAUUAUAAGGAUUGUGGCCCAAUAUUUUGUGAUCAAACCAAUGCAUCUAGCAUUUUGGCCAUUCCAAAGCUCGAUUUUAUUUGGAAAGGUGGAUUUGAAAUACAGAGUAGCAGAAGACUCCCCAGUUUCUGUUAUGGGAUUCAAGCCCACUUGUCUACAUGCGCUUCACCUAAAGUUCCUGAAGUAGUGAAGAAGUUUCCUUGCAAAGUCCUUUUGGAGGAAGUGUCUCGCUCAAGUGUGUGGCCUACCCAGUUCCUGGAAAAUCAUCCCAAAGAAGAUAGCAUUGGAGUUUAUUUCUUUGCACAAGAUGUAGCAAGUUACGAAGGUAACUACAGGAGCUUGAUGGAAUGCAUGAUUAAUCACGAUUUAGCUCUUAAAGGGGAUGUUGAUGGAAUUGAGCUGCUAAUAUUCUCAUCCAACUUGCUUCCUGAAAAAUCCCAGCGUUGGAAUACGUUGUUUUUCUUAUGGGGUGUAUUUAGAGGAAGGAGAGUCAGCAAUGAACAGACCAUGCCUAGCUCUCAGGAUAAACCAUCUAUCCAUGGCUCAAGUAAUGUUCGUUCAGGCCAAGAUUUGUCCACUGGGAUCAAAAACAUGUGCUCUUCUGGGAAGCCAAGGGAGUGUUUAUCUGCAUCUAAGUUAUUCUACAACACCCAAAAGUCAUCUAGCUCGACUGAUCCUCAGGAGUUGCAAUCUGUUUUUUCUUGUGGAAGGGAUGGGAAUUAUGAACAUCAACAAUCUUCAAGGGAGCAGAAAUGUAGCCAUUUACAAACAAAAUUUGACCAGCGAUCAAGUGCGGAUGAUGCCAUCCCUAAAAGUAUUCCAAUGCAAAACCAGUUGUGCAGGGAUAUGCAACAUACAGUUACCUCCCAGAAAGAAUUCAGACUUCCCGAGAGAAAGCUGGAAGAUUACCAACCCAGUCUCCAAGCAAGUAACUAUAAUAUGGAUUGUGUUAGUUGGAGCGGUGGCAAAGCUCGUAGCAUGGAGGUUACUGACAACUCAAGGACCACAUACGGGUCUCCAUUUUCAUCAGCAGAACCAGGUCCAGUGGAUGGCAUGUUGGGGCUGAACUCCUCAAGGUGGCAAGUGCUUACAUCAGAUUGCAAGGAUAGUAUGAAAUCUGAGUUCCUAGAUCUUGGUCUCUCAUUAGGGUUUGGCAAGGAAAGUGAAAAACAGGCACUAGUGCCCGCCUUCGACGGGGUUGUGGAUAAUAAUAACAACAGAGACAUGAAUCCAAAUUCAAUAGCAAGUGACCAAAAUAACCACGGUGUUGAUGAUAAAUUCUCACCGUCAGUUGAACUUGCUCUCACAUUGUCUUCCUAUGAUAAAUGAGGAUGCCCCAAAGCCUGACUUGGUGUCAUAAAGCAACUUUUGCCCUUGGAAUGGUAUGAAUACUAGGCUGUUCUUUUUAAUAAUAGGUUCCCUUUCAAUGAUAGGUUUCCAAAGACUUAGGUACAAAACAAUGUAUUGUAAAUAGACCCCAACAACAUGCACAAACAUAGGUGUAUACCCGGUUCACCAAUAAUGACUUAGAUACUUUUUCUAUAGGGAACAAACUUUUCAUCUUUGUAAUUACAUGGAAUCUUUUCUUUUCUUGUUUCUCUUGUCUUUCUAUUGCUUAUAUAUAUAUAUAUGUGUGUGUGUGUGUGUGUGUGUAUGUAUAUACCUAUUUCAUCUUUUGUUGGUUUAUACAUCUUUCAAUUUUGCAC